CGUCCGCGGGGCCGGGCACUCCUCCUCCCGGCGGCCCCCCCCCACCGGAGCCCCCUCCCCAGAUCCGAGGGGCCCUGGCCCUCGGCGCGGCCACCUUGGACAGCUCCCCCUCCGCGCCCUCCCGCCCCCGCGGUACUUGCCGGGCGCCCCUGGGCCAAGCCGGCCCCUCCCCCAGGUCCAGCGCGGGCCCCCUCUCUGGGUGGGUCGGUCCCGCUCAGUCAGAGCCCCCUCCGCGCGGGGCCAGUUGGGCCCUGGGCCCGUCUUCCCGCGGAGCACCGGCUCGGCUUCCCGCCCCUCGCCCGGGAGCCGAACCAAGCCCCUCGCCCGGGAGCCCCUCCCCUGGUCGGGCCCUUCCCCCACCACUGAGAUCCUCCGCUGGCCAAGGGGAGCCCCGUGGGCCGGUCCCCUGAGUGUGCCUCCCCUCCCUCAGGCCCCCUGUCAUCCAACCCCUAGGUCCCUAAGCCAGACCCCUCCCCCCAUUUGGUUGAGCCCUGCUGCGUGUGUGUGUGUGUGUGUGUGUGUGUGUGUGUGUGUGUGUGUGUCCUAUGCCCUCCCCUGGGCCCCGGCCUGUUCUCCUGGCCCCAGGAGUGUUGGGGAGGGCUGCCUUGCACAGGAGGUCUAUGUAGCCAACCAGGGCCCAGUUCAAAUCCUGCUCUGAUCUGUGACCUUGAGCUAGUCCCCCCCACCCCUGGAGCCUCCUGCUGUGCCCCCUACCCCCACCCGGCAGGAGGAGGAAGAGGGUGAGAUUCAAACAGCACAAGGGUCGGUCUGGGGUUCUAGCAGCUGGCACGAGCCCUCCCGGCCCUGACCCCCACCCACCGCGUGGAAGAUGCCUGAACAGAGCAACGACUACCGAGUGGUGGUGUUCGGGGCGGGCGGCGUGGGCAAGAGCUCGCUGGUGCUUCGCUUCGUCAAGGGCACGUUCCGGGACACCUACAUCCCCACCAUCGAGGACACCUACCGGCAGGUGAUCAGCUGCGACAAGAGCGUAUGCACGCUGCAGAUCACCGACACCACGGGCAGCCACCAGUUCCCGGCCAUGCAGCGGCUGUCCAUCUCCAAGGGCCACGCCUUCAUCCUGGUCUACUCCAUCACCAGCAAGCAGUCGCUGGAGGAGCUGGGGCCCAUCUACAAGCUCAUCGUGCAGAUCAAGGGCAGCGUAGAGGACAUCCCCGUCAUGCUGGUGGGCAACAAGUGCGAUGAGACACAGCGGGAGGUGGACACCCGCGAGGCCCAGGCCGUGGCCCAGGAGUGGAAGUGCGCCUUCAUGGAGACGUCGGCCAAGAUGAACUACAACGUCAAGGAGCUUUUCCAGGAGCUGCUGACGCUGGAGACGCGCCGAAACAUGAGCCUGAACAUCGACGGCAAGCGCUCCAGCAAACAGAAGAGGACAGACCGCGUCAAGGGCAAAUGCGUCCUCAUGUGAGCCCGGGACGCCUGCCACCAGCCGGUCCAAGCCUCUCCCAAAGCCCCUGCUCCUCCUCC